UGUGUAAAACUAGCUAGUGUUGUCUUCAGAGGUGCACUGGAUACUUGAAAAUUGGUAAUACAUUGAAAAAGAAAAAAAAAAAUGCAGUGUUGUUGACCAGUACGUACUUUGCCAACAUUGCAGAAGAGUGAGAGUAAAUGUGUAUGUGCGUUAAAACCGGUUACUCCAUGAAGAGUACUGGAGUCGAGGACUUUGGUGUAUUGUAAUUAAAUGCUCCCCGAGGACCGUCGCUGAUUGUGCGACGUUCCGGAUACAAGAGCGCCUCCAGUUCCUGCUGGGGCUGCUUGUAUGGAAGGACAAAACAGGACAGCAAGCAAAGGAUGAUGGAAUUGGAGAGCUUGGCCAAUAACGGAACAUAGAUAUUUAAAAAAAAAUAAAAUAAACUGCACUCACGCACAAUGACAACCUUCCAUUUUUGUUGCUAUAUCUCUACAUCUGAACAAACAGUGUUAAAAGCACAGUGGCUUUUUGAACAGCUUUACAACUCUUACUCAACAGCACCUUAUUUAUAAUGAUUACUUCAUUUGCUAGUCGUAUUGUUCUGCCUAGUCUAAGGGCACAUGGAAUUUGAUUCUCUUCUAAUACUGCAGAGGAGAAUGUCAGGUGCUGAACUAAUGAAAAGUUCACAUGAGGAUACAAUGGAUGAACCAGACCAAAAUCCCACAACGAAGGAGUCCUGCACAAUCACUGAGAACACCUGUAUGCCGAAUAGGUCUCCUGUAGAAGACAACAGACAGCAUGAUGAUCCAGUGAACAUUACUAACAAGGACUCUUCUGAUAAUCAUGAAAAUAAAUCUACUGCACCAACAAAAUCUGUACACGACCCUACGGAAAUGCAAGCACCUAAUGACAAGCCUCUGUCUGGUAUUUCGUAUGAUGAAAUGUCUAUAUCGAAAGAUGAUUCUGAUGGGAAAAUGUCUGACGCUAAUCACAAACAUGACGGUUUACAGGUUGAACUUCAGAGAUCCUCUUUACUUAUCGAACAGUCCAAACAAACAAGUGAGGAGAAUGCCAGUAAUGCCUCAGAUAGCUUAUCUGGUAUACAUGCAUCACUUCCAGAUGUUGAGCAGAUGGACAGUGAUCAGCAGCACAAUCAGGAACCUUUGACUGUAGGUGAAUGUGGUUCUGAAGAAAGUAAGCCAGUGAAUACAGAUCUUGAAAGAGAUGGUUUCUCGUAUCGUGGCCGCCCACGCAAGGAAAAGCGAAUUAUAAAAUGCGAGUUCUGUGGACGCCCAUUCAAUCAUGAAUCAGCUUACAUAAUCCACCGGCGUGUCCACACGGGUGAGAAGCCUUUCAGUUGCCAGGUUUGUGGUAAAGCCUUUGCUCAACUCUCCAACCUCAGAUCGCACACAAAGAUCCAUAAUGCACCGAAAAGUUUAACCUUGCAAAAUUCUAGCAUUUAUCAAAACAAAGCCAUUGUUCCCAAGAGUGCAACAUCACCAAAAGAAAACCAAGUGAGUAUUUUUAGAAACGACUGCCCAGACAAAAGCAACGAGCCUCUCAAUAGAAGCAGGAAACCUGUAGCUUGUCCUAUUUGUGGAAAAGUCUUUCCCUACAAAUCGGUGCUUAAAAUACAUCUUCGGACUCACAGCGGAGAAAAACCAUACUCUUGCAGAGUGUGCGGCAAAGCAUUUACGCAGGCAUGCACUGUUCGUGUCCAUGAAAGAGUACACUGGUCCAUCAAACCUUUUCUGUGUUCCAAAUGUGGAAAAGGAUUUUCGCAGAUUGGGACGCUGAAAGGUCAUACCUGCGACGGGAAAAGGCAGACCCAUGCUACUUUAAAAGAAAUGGAAAUUGCUGGUGUUGUAACCUUCAGGUGUCAUCUUUGCAGAAAGUGCUUCAGCACAAGAGACGAGUAUGACGUUCAUGUGCAAGCACACACUGAUAGUCACCGUUACAGCUGCGAUAGGUGUGGUCAGAAAUACAGUCUUCGCUCUGAGCUUGACACACAUACAAAACAUUGUUUAUCAAUGUGGCUUGCAAAGACAAAGCCACAGAGUCAUGCUUCAGUCAAGGUAGAAACCAAAACCACAGCGUCGAAAACAGAUCAAGGCUCACAGGCUGCAAAGACAGAAUUCACAGCCAUAAAAGUGCAGAAGCCCAACUUGGUUGAACCUUGUAAACAGGAAUACCCGAGUACGCAGUGUAAAGCACUGCAGUCUGAUUUUUUCCAACCUCAGAAACGUAAAAAAUUCCCUUCACUGCUAGCGUGCCCCACUCAAGUGAUAGCCACCUCUGCUUAUGAUCCUCAAAACAACCUCAGUCAUUGUCAGCCUUUUAAAGCCAGUUACAUUGUAGCCCUGUUAAACAGUCUGGACCAGAAAUCUGACCCAAGGAAGUAUUUGUGUCCACGCUGUGGACGGCUUUUCAGGCACGUAGGAAGACUGAGAGCUCACAUGCUAAGUCAUACUCGGGGUAAGAGCUUCACUUGUGGCCACUGUGGAAAAAUCUCAGAAAACUGGAGCAACUUUUGGCAUCACCAGCGCGUGCACAAACAAAGACAAGGCCGCUUCUUUUGUCCAAAAUGUGGUCAGGGUUUUCGUUUUGCCAGUAUCUACAUGGAGCACCUGCAGCAACAUCCAGAGCUUAAUGCAUAUUUUUGCCCCAUUUGUCCUCACACCUUUUCCAAUGCUACAAGUUUGAAGUACCACCAACAGGAAUGGCAUCAGUCAAGCAUGCCUCAUUUAUGUGACAUUUGCGGGAAAGGUUUUUCCACUUCCAUAGUCCUAAAGCGUCAUCGAGUCAUGCAUUGUUUUAAAAACUCGCAGGUGGAUAUGCCUUACGUAGUUGAUGUACAGCCGAUGAUGAAACCUUAUGAAUGUGGGAAGUGCGCUGCUAGUUUUAAAACUUUGGACUUGCUUUUCAGUCAUCAGCUCUGCCAUUCACCGAAAGGCCUGAGCUAUCAAAACAAUCAUGGAUACGAAUACCUGAAGAAAGAGCAACACUCUCCACCUGACAAAAACAACUUCCUCUUUAGCAUUUCUACAUCUCAUCAAAAUAAUUCAGAAUCUUGUCAAGAUCUCAUUCAUGGCCAUCACUUCACUUCCAUCCCUCUGGAUUCAAUUCAAACACAAACCCAGCAUGGAGUGGAUGUCAGUAUUGCACAAAAUAUGAUGACUUUUCCACUUGCUUCAUCAGGUUCUAAGCCCACACGUUUAGGAACAAAAGAAAUAAGCUCUAUGUGUACUUACAUGAGCUCUGUGAAAACAGCUACAGAAAUUCACAGUGGAACACUGCGCAAAGCUGGGCAUCUAGUGUGCACAGACUGUGGUGCUAGUUUUGCUUUUCUUCCAGCUUUGCAUGAACAUUACUUGAAACAUGCCAGAGGAGAGAUAUAAAUAUGAUGCCAUUAUAAAUAAAAACUCAUUGUACUUUUUAGGGGCCAUUUUAAAGUAUUGUCCACAAGUGCUGCAUGGGAGAUUUUUCCACUUACGACACUAAACUCUGAAAACAGUUUCUACUAGAUGUAGAAGUGCACAGUUUGUCAUGGUUUUAAUGUGAAUCGUGUGCUCCUUCCUACAAGAAAGGUGAAAUGAUUGUAGGAAGUAUUGCCUGCAGUUGGAUGUUAACAGUGAAAUACAGUAUCACUUCUUUUAGGUCUGUCGAAGCUUUAAAUAUAGCGGUUAACUACUUGUGUAGUUAAGAAUAAUGUCUCAACAUGAUCAUGGUCUGGAAUAUCUAAAACAUCCAAGCUGAAAUAAUAGUUCAGAUACAGUAGCUGUUCAAAACUGCUGUAUGUUUUUGGUUUAGAAAUACAGAAGACGUCCAUUUUAACAUGGUGGUACAGUAUUAAGAGUGCUCCAUACUCAGAAGUGUUUUUUUAUUUUGUAUAUCAUGUUUUGUAUUAGUUUUUUAUUUAAUAUAUCUGUACCUUUUUAUACCUAAAAUGUAUUUUCUCUGUAGUGCAUGCUUUAAAAAUAAUCCAAUAAAGCUUCAUGAAUGAAGGAGAUAAGUAGGAUUUGAUUGAAAUUCAGGAACUGGAGCCAAUAUACCAUGUAUUUUAAGGUAAAUAGAAGCAUUGUUUGUUUAUUUAAAAUUCUCAGGACCUAAAGUCUCCAUAGGUUAUUAGAAAUGAUGAAAAGAUUUAGACUCGGCUAAAAAAGUACUUAAGUCUUUCUCAUCAAAAGUUCAGCUGCACCACUUGGUUAGAAAAAACACCACUGAUCAUAAAGUCUUGGGGAACACCUUGAAACAGGAUCCACAGGGUGUGUAUGGCAGGGACUGACCUUUUCAAGCACACAGUGGUGCUUGAAAGUUUGUGAAGCCUUUAGAAUUUUCUAUAUUUCUGCAUAAAUAUGACCUAAAACAUCAGAUUUUCACACAAGUCCUAAAAGUAGAUAAAGAGAACCCAGUUAAACAAAUGAGACAAAAAUAUUAUACUUGGUCAUUAUUGAGAAAUGAUCCAAUAUUACAUAUCCGUGAGUGGCAAAAGUACGUGAACCUCUCGGAUUAGCAGUUAAUUUGAAGGUGAAAUUAGUCAGGUGUUUUCAAUCAAUGGGAUGACAAUCAGGUGUGAGUGGGCAUCCUGUUUUAUUUAAAGAACAGGGAUCUAUCAAAGUCUGCUCUUCACAACACGUUUGUGGAAGUGUAUCACGGCACUAACAAAGGAGAUUUCUGAGGACCUCAGAAAAAGCAUUGUUGAUGCUCAUCAGGCUGGAAAAGGUUACAAAACCAUCUCUAAAGAGGUUGGACUCCAUCAAUCCACAGUCAAACAGAUUGUGUACAAAUGGAGGAAAUUCAAGACCAUUGUUACCCUCCCCAGGAGUGGUCGACCAACAAAGAUCACUCCAAAAGCAAGGCGUGUAACAGUCGGCAAGGUCAUAAAGGACCCCAGAGUAACUUCUAAGCAACUGAAGGCCUCUCUGACAUUGGCUAAUGUUCAUGAGUCCACCAUCAGGAGAACACUGAACAACAAUGGUGUGCAACCCUGUUGCAAGAAGAAAGUCACUGCUCUCCAAAAAGAACAUUGUUGCUCGUCUGCAGUUUGCUAAAGAUCACGUGGACAAGCCAGAAGGCUAUUGGAAAAAUGUUUUGUGGGCAGAUGAGACCAAAAUAGAACUUUUUGGUUUAAAUGAGAAGCAUUAUGUUUGGAGAAAGGAAAACCCUGCAUUUCAGCAUAAGAACCUUAUCCCAUCUGUGAAACAUGGUGGUAGUAUCAUGGUUUGGGCCUGUUUUGCUGCAUCUGGGCCAGGACGGCUUACCAUCAUUGAUGGAGCAAUGAAUUCUGAAUUAUACCAGCGAUUUCUAAAGGAAAAUGUCAGGACAUCUGUCCAUGAACUGAAUCUCAAGAGAAAGUGGGUCAUGCAGCAAGACAACAACCCUAAGCACACAAGUCGUUCUACCAAAGAAUGGUUAAAGAAGAAUAAUGUUUUAGAAUGGCCAGGUCAAAGUCCUGACCUUAAUCCAUUCGAAAUGUUGUGGAAG